UUAGCUGCACAAAUUAUUGAUUAUGGGGACGCCUGUUGCCAGAACCAAUGUUUGGAGAUGAUCCAUCAACGCCACCGCAGUCUGGUCUCUCAAUGUCUAUCUGAGGGCCAUCUACCCGUUUGCCUGGGAGGAGGUAAUGAUCAAAGUUGGCCUAACGGUGCUGCUUGGAUCGAGCACUGGCGUCAAUGUAGCAGAGAUUCGACCUGCCGAUUUGGCGUAAUAAAUGUAGACGCACAUUUAGAUGUACGGCCACUCUGUUCUGAGGGUGGACAUUCAGGCUCUCCAUUUCGACAACUUAUUGAGUUUUCCAGACCAGAGGAGGCCUCUUAUUUUCUAAACUACUAG